AUGUUGAAAGCAUCAGCGAAAGCGGACGCGCUUGCAAUCAGAGCGAAGACCAAACAUCCGGUUAUGGUCGAACACCUACUGCUCCUUCAUGGUCACCUGUCAAAGGGAGACGACCUCGGGAGAGUAUUACUCGACAUGUCGCUCGUUGCGUUUUGGAGCAUGGCUCGGCUUGGAGAACUGGCGUGCGAUAUCGGUAUCGGACGACUGGAAAAGGACGAAGGAGUACGGAUCUCAGAUGUUCGAAUCGCCAAAGACUCUCAAUCCGCCAUGAUCAAGAUUUACUUCGCAAAGACAGCCACGGGAGGCGAGGUACAGCGUCUCCUAGUCACAGCGACGAACAACAUUCUCUGCCCAGUAGGGGCAUUAAUCAGGAGAGUGGCAUCCGGCAAGCCGGAAGACUCGCUGUUCGGGGUGGACACCACGACGGCACGGAAAAACCUAACAAAGAAUUACUGCACCAGACGCCUGCAAUCAGCGUGGAGAGGGAUUGGCCUUACCCACCUCUCCGGCCACUCCUUCAGGAAGGGGAACCCCCUUUCUGUGACUCGAGGCUCUCCCCGAGACCCAAACACCGCAAGCAUGAAAACCCGUCUAGCAGACGGGGACCAUCCUGGACUGGAUAGCGGGUAUCGAAGUCAUGCCCGCUCAGACUUCAGAGAUUCAGUUCCCCCCACUCCCGUCGUCCUAAGACUCCGCCGCUAUCCAUUCUUCCCCCCUCAAGCUCCACGUCCGGCUCUCACUUAUCGCUCGGCACUCAUCUCUCGCUUGGAGUUCCUCGAACGCGGCAUCAGGACCAGCGUCGAAGAACGGAAGAUUUUUCAGUCCUCCCGCCCACCCGUUUGA